AUGGACGGAGAAACCAAACAACUUACCAAGCCAGUCAUCUCACUGCAGUGGGUUUUGUCCCUGUCCUCCAUCACAUUGGCUACAGUGGCUUUCAUACUGAGCAUUCUAAUCAUUACAAGAGCAGUAUCAAUUGAAAGCAAGAAAAGCAGUGAGGCAUCCCUAGAGUUGAAGCAAGAGACCCUGGAAUUCAAUAGCAGUGCCUGGAAGAUACUGCAGUCGUCUGUCCUUGAGUUCAGAGCCAUUCUACAGCAACAAGACGGCCAGAUCAAGACACUGACACAACAGAACACUCACGUUAUUACUGAGCAAAGAACAUGUGCGCAAAGAGUUGCCAUUUUAGAAUCGUCUGUGAAAAGUCUAACUAACCAGGCGAGUCUCCCAGGAAGACAAGGACAGAAAGGUGCCAAAGGUGAAAGAGGAGAUGAUGCAGCAGAUGCAACAUUUCCAAUACAUGGUAACCCAGGACCACCAGGGCCACCUGGGCGACCAGGACUAAAAGGUGCAAAUGGUUCCGAAGGUCUACAAGGAUUACCUGGAGCUAAAGGAGAAGCCGGCAUUAAAGGUUCUCAAGGACCAAGAGGUUUUCUGGGACCAAAAGGUGACAACGGAACCACAGGACAACCUGGAUUACCAGGAACAAAAGGAGAAAAAGGAAACAAGGGUUCUAAUGGCACAAACGGCCAGAAAGGAGACAGAGGAUUGCCAGGAAUUAAUGGCUUACAAGGAGACAAAGGAGAAAUGGGAAAUACAGGCAAAGACGGCACCCCAGGUGUACCGGGUAUGAAGGGAGAAAGUGGCAUCACAGGAAGUCCAGGACCAAGCGGUACCCAAGGAGACAAGGGGGAACAAGGAAUAGCUGGUCCGAAAGGAGACAAAGGUGAUUCUGGAGUCAACGGUGUUACAGGAACACCAGGAAGGAAGGGGCAAAAAGGAGAAAGAGGUAAAAAAGGCAACAGUGAUGACGACUAAAGUUUUAGUGAGAAUGGAACGAAAUGCUGGUAGUUUCAUGUACUUUUCUGGCACAGUUACAAUUGAAGACAUGACUUUAGCUUUUGUAGCCUUCUGUGCCCGCUAAUUGCAGUAAAGUCAAUAUAGAGUUGUAAAGUAAUCGUACAAAGUGGGGCCUAUGAGAGUUAACUGCAUUAAUCUUCUUAAAUAAAGCAUGACUGCUGGUACAACUUUUUGUGUUGAUGUCUACCCAUGUGAGUAAACUAUUAUGAUACUGGAGUCACCAGCGUAGCAUGGUCCUCAAAUUUGAGGGGGCUAAUAAAUUAGACUGCAACCACGCCCAUUAUACUUACAAAGUCACGCCCAUUUCUACUGUUUACUUUCCUCACUCACAGUUUGUAGACAUGUAAGUAAAUAAUAUCCAUUUCAAGUUACAAAUAAACUGUGGCACUGAGUGCCAUCAGUGUGUGUAAACGAGUGGAAACACUGCUACAGUCCGUGCCAAAAAGGUUUUCAAGGCUCGCUGCGAUCAUCAAAUUGAAUGGCAUCUCGAUGACAAUAUUAUAGUUCAGUGCAUACUGGUGUUGGACAAUUUAGCAUUUUGCAUUUAAUCUAGCGAGCAGGUCUCUCUCUCUAUAUAUAUAUACCUAGUUUAAUAGCUUGAAUAACCUGAGCACAAAGUGGAGAAAGUACAGAGUUCAUGCAAAUUGUUUGGUAGAGGAGCCGCCGGAGAUUCCAUCUCGGGUCAGUCGGGUUGUCAACCAUAAACUUACUUGAAAAAUAAUUGAUGGAUAGGCUUCGGCCUUUUGAUGCGGUCCUACUCUGCCAUUGUCGGAUAUCGUAGCAAACCUCU